AUGAAGAGGAUGCGGGAUCCCUCUGAGAAAUCCAAGCAGGCGAAGAAAGCUAAGCUGGGAGAAUCCUCUAGAUCAAGACCCCUAGUUCCUCUGGUUGGCUCUCCAGGUAAGUAUGUAUAUCUCCCUCGCUCUGUCAAAAUUAAACCAAUUGCUUCUUCUCUUCCCCAAACAACUCCCAUAUACACCUCUGCUGAAACUCCUCCUUCAACCACCAGAUCUUUUAACCCACCUUCUCUGAAAUUCAACCUCGCCACCACAACGUUACCAGUUUCAGAAGGAGAAAUGCUGAACGAAACCACUUCACCAUCACCAUCUCCUCAAUCCCCACCUUACUACGAACUCUCCUCUGACACCGAACCAUCUGACCCCCAAUCUCCCACUCUAGCUCAGCUGCAAGCCCGUGCUCUGGCCUCUCAACAACUAUCACACUCUGAACCUACACCAGACUUUCCUUCCCCACCUCCUGAACAUCCAAAUCACACCACAUAUGAACCACCUCAAACACCACCUGCAUAA